CAUAUGUCGUCACGCACGUUGGGAAGUUCUGACCAAUCAGGCGAGGGAAGGGGCGUACCCAACGCUUCGUCGAUUUUCCUUUGACGGGAGAAGCACAACAAACUGAACUAAGCACACAAAAUAAAGAACGACAACCCAGAAGUAAUCAGCUAUGGGGAAGUCCCAGUCACGCUUACCCAAGCACAAAGACGACAGUCAGGACGCGUUGACGGCUAAUACGGAGUGCAAUGACACGCAGGAGGAUGGAAAGAACGGAGACGUGUCACAGUUCCCCUAUGUGGAGUUCACUGGACGGGACAGUGUGACUUGUCCCACCUGCCAGGGCACCGGGCGAAUCCCACGAGGUCAGGAGAAUCAGCUGGUGGCUCUGAUUCCUUACAGCGACCAAAGACUGAGGCCCAGCAGGACAAAGCUUUACGUGACAUUGUCGGUGACCGUUUGCCUGCUGCUGUCUAGCCUGGCCGUCUUCUUCCUCUUCCCGCGGUCCAUCGACGUCGAUUAUGUGGGCGUGAAGUCUGCCUACGUGGCCUACGACCAAACGAAACACAUCAUCUAUCUCAAUAUAACGAACACUCUAAACAUCACCAAUAAUAACUACUACGCCAUAUCCAUCACUAACCUCACCGCCCAAGUGGAGUUCUCCAAGACGGUGAUCGGCAAGGCCAAGUUCAAUAACAGCACUGUGAUUGUACCGCUGGACCAGCGACAGGUUGACUACACCGUUCCCACCAUCAUUGCGGACGAAAUAAAUUAUAUGUUCGACUUCUGCACUUUGGAGUCCAUCAGAGUACACAACAUGGUGGUCAUGAUGCAGGUUACCGUGACGGCGUCAUACUUUGGCCACACCGAGCAGGUCUCCCAGGAGCUGUACCAGUACGUGGACUGUGGGGGGAACACCACGUCCUUACACGGCCAUGUGGAGGCCUUCUAGGGUGUUAGCAGGAAGGUGAUGUACUUCCUCAGUCAAGAAAGCUCACUAGAUGUUUUUUAUACUAAAAACGACAUGAUGGCUGCUGUAAACAAUGUGGUAAAGUUAAAGCACUCUUUUAACAUAAAAUAACUAAUAAAAGAUUAAAUGUGCUGUUAAUCCAAGCACUUUAAACUCAAAUGUUUAUCUAAGCCGGCUGGUCUGGGAAUCUUAACUCCACCACACUGCUGUGGCUAACUGUCACCUCCAGAGGAACCCACUGGUACUACAAGCUUUAGUCACCUUAUUCUUUCCGAUUCCAAAACUGUAGUUUUUUAUUGAAAGCAUGCAGUAAAGGAAGACCAUCUCACUGAAGCUGACACCUUAUGUUUUGUGUGUAGUUUUUGUCUUAUUAAUAAAUGCAAAAUGGACUGCUU